AUGGUUUACUACUUCAAAGCCAGUGUGGCAAGUCAAAGUGAGUAUGACGACUUUGCAUUGGACAGCACUGAUAGUGAGCACAUUAUUUAUAUGGGUAAAGAUAAAAUUGAAAACGACCCGUUGAUUCACAAAUCUCAUCCGAAAAAUUUGUGGUUCCACGUAGAUAAGCAUUCAUCGGCACAUUUGUAUUUGCAGUUAAGCCAGGAACAACAACUUACCAAGUUUGAGGACUUGCAAGUAGAUGCCGACCUCCUACAGCAAAUCGCCCAAUUAACCAAAGCAAAUUCCAUCAAGGCCAAUAAGCUUAACAAUAUCACAAUCAUCUACACUCCGGUCGACAACUUAAGAAGUGAUGGGCUGAUGGAUACAGGCACAGUGACUUUUGUCAAUCCACAAAAAAUCAAAAGAGUGCACGUCACCAAAAAAGACAACAGUAUAGUAAAUAAGCUCAACCGGACAAAGACAGAAAUCACCACAGAACAAUUUGUGAAAGAACAGGAAGAGGCAUUACGUGAGUGGACAAGGACCCAAAGAGACGAAGUCCGCAAAGUGGAGCAGCGGGCAAAAGAAGAGGCAAAAUUGCGCCAGCAACAAAAGAUAUUCAACAAGGAUCCCUACGCGGACAUGUUUACCGAGGAAAACCUCAGGGGUAGUAGCAACGAAUUUCGGAAUGAGAAUUGGGUGGAGGAUGAGUUUUGGUGA